GGGAAACCAGCUCUUUAAAAUGUACUUUAUGCUGAAAUAUUAUAAUUAAACACUAAUGCAAUAUUUUAUUAUAUGACACUAUAUAACAUGACUGCUCUCAAAAUUUACUUUAGGUAAAUUAAAUGAACUUUCUGGUGUACAGGAAAUGGGUUUUAUCUUCAAUAGAAGGUAUUCACCUUUACACUUCCUUUAUUUCCAUUUUACAAAAAUAAAAUCUCAGCAAACAGAGGUUCACAUUGGAUUUAAACCGCUUUAUUGAACCCCUACAUCUUGAGUUGACCCUCCAUCAUUCAGGAGAGGACUGUCUGACUUUUCCAAACCAAAGGGUCAGUGAAUCCUCUCAGCUCUAUGAGACAUGUCACACUCCCCUAAUCCACUCAUUUCUCACAGGAACCAGUUUCCUAUGGGUCAGCCAAUGCUCUCGAUCGCUGCCUUUCAAACGAGCGCAGACACUCACACAAGUACGCCUACAAGCAAGGAUAAAAUAUCAUUUAAGUGCUCAGAUGAAUCAAAAUGAAAGGUGGAAGUUGAUUUUCAUGUCUCUAAUGUCUGUUAAACUACUUUAAGGUUUGCUAAACCACUGUUUAAUAUGGCUCUGAUUAUGCUGACGCAAAGUCUGCUGUUAAUGUUCAGGAAACAUGCUCGACUCCGACAUGUUAUUCUCAGUGUGGUUUAAAUACCUUUUCCAAAAGGAGGGGGAAAAAAACAUUACAUUUAAGAUUUCUGUACUUCGUGUUCUUUAAAAUUCCUCUCUGAGGUAUGGCAGUGUGCUUUCUUCAAGUACUCUACAUUAAGUAGUACACUAGAAUAAUGUUAGAAUAUGUUUGUCGUCUAAAUGAGGUCUGCACAUUUAUAUGUUCAUCAGCCAACAAAUUUCAUCGUUUUUUUUUUUUUUUUUUUUUUUUUUUUUCAGUGAGAGCGGUGGAAAAUAUUAUUUUAUUGUAAACUCUCGCGAACUCCUCACCGGCACGUCACUGGACAGUCUCGCGUGGGUGUGUUUGGAGCACGUAUUAUGCGCCCCUUUCGCGUGCAGUUCAACUUUUCUGGCUUCUCCCUUCAUUUAGAUGUACAAAGAAGACACAUUAAAUAUAGGCUAGUUAUGGCACUGCCGGCAAGACCGCAUGUUUUCUUAGGAAUUUUUGCAGUUAUUCAGAUUAAAUUUACCUUACAGGAAUUGCCAUCCAGUGAGAUCUCCUGCUUUACCUUUGAAGCACUCUCCAAGCAAGAGAGUGCUGGUGUUAACCUCAGGCUUUACAACAAAAGAUGGAGAAGAUGGACACUCUCAUCCAAACCAGUGGACAAGAUCAGUCAGAACCAUGAUCUGGAACACUAUAAAGAGCACAGCAAAUUGUCUUCAGAACGCUUUCCAGAAGUUGUGACUAAUGAGACUCACAAUAAAUUAUCCAUUAAGAGAGAUAUGGGCCAUAUCUACUACACUUCCAAAUUCUAUGGGCCCACAGAUGCAGACAAGGAUUUGUGGGUAAAUAUUGAGAAAAUGGAGAUAGGAAGAGUUCAUGGGAUCCUCUCCAACACACAUCAGCAAACUUUGAGAGUAAAUCUAUCCUUCCAUUUCCCUUUCUACGGACAUUCAUUAAGGGAAAUUCAUGUAGCUACGGGAGGUUUCAUCUACACUGGAGAUGUUAUCCACAGAAUGCUGACUGCUACUCAGUACAUCGCUCCUCUCAUGGCUAAUUUUGACCUGAGCAUCUCACAGAAUUCCACAGUGAUUUAUUGUGAUAAUGGCACAGCUCUAGUUGUGCAGUGGGACCGCGUGUAUCUCCACGAUGCGUCUCAUCUCGGCAGUUUUACCUUCCAAACAGCUUUACACAAGGAUGGCAGAAUCACCUUUGCAUAUAAAGAGGUUCCCGUUGACAUUAGCAAAAUCAACUCAGCGAAUCAUCCUGUAAAAGUCGGGCUGUCUGAUGCAUUUGUGGUUCUUCAUAAGAUUGAACAGCUUCCAAAUGUUAGAAGAAGAACAAUAUAUGAAUAUCAUCGAGUAGAGCUCUUAAAAUCCAAGAUCACAAAUGUCAGUGCUGUUGAGAUGCUUCCUCUACCAACCUGCCUUCAGUUCUCCAGCUGUGAGACGUGUGUUACGGCUCAGAUCGGCUUCAGCUGUAGCUGGUGCAGUCGUCUGCGGAGAUGUUCCAGUGGUUUUGACCAGUAUCGUCAAGACUGGGUUGACAGUGGGUGCUUAACUGAGACAAAGAGCCAGAGCUGUGACAGAAAGCAGCCUUUCGUGAGAAGCAGCACUCCAGCGGUGCAGACAGGAGUGACGGAAGUGUCUAGAACUACAACAACAUCACCCACAUCAGCCUCGUCAGUCACCCCCAAACUCACCAGCACACCCUUAUUUAUGAGAAACCUUCCCACCAGCAUCCUCACUGACGACUCUCAGAAUCAGAUGGACAUUAUAGAGAAGCAAACAGAGGAGCAGAUGCAGACUGGCCUGCUCAUUGGCAUCCUCAUCACUAUGGUCCUCAUGGUGGUUGCAGUGUUGGCUACUAUAUACAUGUACUAUCAUCCCACCUCCAGCGCCAGUCUCUUCUUCAUAGAGAGACGACCAGCACACUGGCCUGCCAUGAAAUUUCGACGGGGUUCAGGACACCCGACGUACGCAGAGGUAGAGGCCAUGGGACAGGAUAAAGAAGGAUUCAUUGCGGUAGACCCUAGAGACAGUUUUCUUGUGUCAGACAGGAGAGAGAGCUUGUUUCUGACAGACCAGAGAGAUGGAUUUAUUGUGGCUGACCAAAGAGAACGUUUCCUUAUCAUGGAACGCCGCUAAACUGAAUUUGUGGUUUAUGAAUUAAGCUCCUCUGUUUUUGAGAGGAAGCUGCACUGGAUGCUGGGAUGAAUGUGCUAUUUGUUUGACCUCAUGACAGCGAGCACCUCAAACGUGAGCGAUCUACUGCACCGUCACACCAAAGUGCAAAUGUAAACAGUGUGGACACCGAAAUGUUUUUUUCCAACCCAGUGAAGCCAGUGGAAUUGCAGCGCUCAGGGAAAACCUUCACGUCUGAGCUUUUAUUUCAUUUCUCUCCAGAGGCCCCUUUAAAGCAGGGUCUGAUUAUGCUCCUCAGAGUCCCCUUAUUGGUAUCUCUCUUUUAACCAGAUGGGUCAUUAAAGCCUGUGUAUUGCGAACACCUCUCAGAACGUCCUGUGUAAAACAGGGAAGCCUGAAUUAUAUGUUAUAUGAAAUAUUCUCGGUUCAAAUAUUUUGCAGUGUUACAACUUAAGAGAUACAACUUAAGAGUUAUUCUACACACACACACACACACACACACUAUACAUAUAGCACUACUUAAACACACAUCCAACGCAAUCUCAUGAAUUGCAAUAGUAUAUGUUUCAUGUGAAUAUGCCUCAGUUAAUGUCCUUAUAAAACCUGUGCUUUG